CCCGCGCCGCCCAAUCGGCGCUGGCGGCGGCCGCAGCCCCCGAAAGGCGCGGCGCGGCCGGGAGCGGCGGCAGAGGGAGGGUGUGAGCCCCGUGCUGAGGGGCCGGCGAGUUCGCGCAGGAGCGUGCGAGGUGCUGAGCGGCUCCCGGGCCGCUGCCACCCACCCAGGGGCUCGGCCGGGACUCCCCCGCCCUGCGGACGGCGGGCAUGGAGCAGGCGGCGCCCAGGAGCAAACUGAAAAAGCUAAGUGAAGAUAGUUUAACUAAGCAGCCUGAAGAAGUCUUUGAUGUUCUGGAGAAACUUGGUGAAGGGUCUUAUGGUAGCGUGUUUAAAGCAAUACACAAGGAGUCUGGACAAGUUGUAGCAAUUAAACAGGUCCCCGUGGAGUCAGAUCUCCAAGAAAUAAUUAAAGAAAUCUCUAUAAUGCAACAGUGUGAUAGUCCCUAUGUUGUCAAGUACUAUGGCAGCUAUUUUAAGAACACAGAUCUAUGGAUUGUUAUGGAAUAUUGUGGAGCUGGCUCUGUUUCGGACAUAAUUAGACUUCGUAACAAAACGCUAACAGAAGAUGAAAUUGCAACUAUUCUGAAAUCUACUCUUAAAGGACUUGAAUACUUGCACUUUAUGAGAAAAAUACAUAGAGAUAUAAAGGCUGGAAACAUCCUUCUUAACACUGAGGGACAUGCAAAAUUAGCUGAUUUUGGUGUGGCUGGCCAGCUAACAGAUACAAUGGCAAAACGUAAUACUGUUAUAGGAACUCCAUUUUGGAUGGCUCCUGAAGUAAUACAAGAGAUUGGCUAUAACUGCGUGGCAGACAUCUGGUCCCUUGGUAUCACGUCGAUAGAAAUGGCUGAAGGAAAGCCUCCAUAUGCUGAUAUUCAUCCAAUGAGGGCUAUUUUUAUGAUCCCUACAAAUCCCCCUCCGACCUUCCGGAAGCCAGAGCUCUGGUCUGAUGAAUUCACAGAUUUUGUGAAGAAAUGCUUAGUGAAAAAUCCUGAACAAAGAGCUACAGCAACACAGCUGCUACAGCAUACAUUUAUUAAGAAUGCCAAGCCAGUUUCAAUUUUAAGGGACCUGAUCACUGAGGCUAUGGAAAUAAAGGCAAAGCGACACGAGGAACAGCAGAGAGAACUAGAAGAGGAGGAAGAAAAUUCGGAUGAAGAUGAGCUGGACUCUCACACCAUGGUGAAGACCAGUUCAGAGAGCGCUGGUACCAUGAGGGCCACAAGCACAAUGAGUGAAGGGGCUCAAACAAUGAUUGAACACAACAGCACUAUGCUAGAAUCGGACUUGGGGACCAUGGUAAUAAAUAGUGAUGAUGAUGAAGAGGAAGAUGGGACCAUGAAAAGAAAUGCUACUUCACCGCAAGUUCAAAGACCUUCUUUCAUGGACUAUUUUGAUAAACAAGAUUCCAAGAAUAAAAGCCCUGAAAGCUGUAAUGAGAACAUGCAUGAACCAUACCACAUAUCCAAAAAAGUUUUCCCUGAUAACUGGAAAGUCCCUCAAGAUGGAGACUUUGAUUUUUUAAAGAAUCUGAGUUUAGAAGAGUUACAGAUGCGAUUAAAGGCUUUGGACCCUAUGAUGGAACGAGAAAUUGAGGAGCUUCGUCAGAGGUACACUGCGAAGAGGCAGCCUAUCCUAGAUGCCAUGGAUGCAAAGAAACGAAGGCAGCAAAAUUUCUGAGUUCACUUUACUGUCAGAGAUAAUCUUAUGAGUCAAUGUGGACAGUGGUAACUUUGUAAGUCUGAAGGGAUUUAAUGAUGAGAGUUUUCAAAAACCCAAUCAUUUGAAUUUUCCUUCACAAGCAAUGACAAUUGGAGCGGUGAAAGAACAUACAUAUGGUGUUCUGCAGAAGCAGAAAAACACAUUACCACUUGUUUAUAUUUUCAGAGGUUUAAUGUAAUAGAAAUUUAAUCUGUUACUUCCCACUCUUUUUCAGGUGUAUAGUGGUAACUUGGUGUUGUACAUUAGGAGUUGUGUUUUAGAGCACCUGGAAUGAUUUCUUGAUUGUGCAACACUACAGAGCCUUAUGUUGCAAUAUAUUUUCCUCCCACUUAGUAGCAUAUUUAUUAUGUAAUCUUUGGUUAUCCUAUUUAUUUUAUGCCUGUUUUCUUUUUUAUUAGGAAGUAUUAGGAUAAUAUUGUGGAGAGCAGAGCCAGAUUAGAUUACAUUGGGUUUGUAGUAUAAUGAAAAGAAACUCACCACUGUAUUAUCUUUUAAAACUCCAGUUUCAGCAAGCGCCCCCUUUCAGGUCAGCACUUGAACAUGUAUCCAGGCCAUUCAUAUCAUCAGAAUUUAAGCAUAAAAUAAGCAAUAGGCGCGUGUUUUUCUGCUCUCCUGAAUCGGGGACUGUGGCUGUAGUUGAGCAAUACAGCUGUUACGCUACAGAGCAUUCUUUUAGAGAGUAUUCCUAUCAUUUUUACGCACACUGAAUGAUCUCUCAUGAAACAAGAAAACAAGUGCCUCAUCAGUUUUGAUUUUUUCAUUAUUCAGGAGAAUCAAUGCUUGCAGUUGCUUCUUCAAUGUAAGUUUCCAAUUGCUAUUGCAAUUCUGACCAGUAUAAACCUCAGUCUUGCACCAUCGUUUUAUAAUGAAGUAACAGAUACAGUUUCUGGAUAUUUUUCAUGGUUCCUUCAAUUUUUCAUUGUUUUGAAGGGAGAGGGGAGUUCAGUCAUUUGGGUUUGGCUUGCUUCGCUUUCACGUUAUAGAUACUAAGGGAUAGUUAUUUAAAAGCCAAAGAAAAUAAACAGAAUACUUAUAUAGAAUAAGUACUGAAAAGAAGCAACAUUUUGCAGUCCCCUUAGGGUGUUUGUCCUGCAAUCACUUUUACUGUUCAAAAUUCCUGUAGUCUUCUGUGGUAGACUUUGGAGAAUCAGAAAUGCGGGACCAAGGCUUAAAUUGUGGAAUAUCUAGUGUGAAGAAUUUACAACAUUGCAAGAAGUAUUUCAGACUUAGCAGGAAGUGUGAUCCACUUUCUGAACAAUCUGCUGUGUUCUCUUAUUCAUAUCUCUACUAUUGUUGCCUUUAGUGUAAAUAUCUUUACUGUGAUAGUCAUACUUCUUUAUAAAUAAUGCAGCUGGAAAGAUCUUCACAAUUCAACCUUCACCUGUUAAACUUUGAAUGGUGACUACUGUAUGGGCAUCUUCUGUUAAAUGUUUUCUGGAAAUUAGUAAUCAUCUCAUACCUCUUAACAUUUACCGUCAUCCUACGUGGACCAUUUAGAUGAAAGAGUUUAGCUUUUGGAAACAGUGCAUUAUAUCAACACUUAUGCAAAAGGAAAACAACAGUUUUCACCAGAUCCGCAUACAACAGCCAUGCUGGGACCGUGCUUGGGUUUGAGCUGCGUACGGCCUUUGUUGUCAUUGUCAUUCUGUGUGUGUUUGCGUGCACGCCACGCUCUAACAUGUAAACCCCUGAGUCUAAUAAAUUUGAACUGUGGUUGUUAGAACAUCCUUACCCCCAACUCUCUUCAUAUUUUUUAAAGUAAUGACUAUCCCUUAUGAAAAAGCAAGAACACAGAAGAUCCAUAAAAAUUACUUUAGGCAAGAUAAAAUGCACCUGGUAGUCUUAUGCCUCCCAUUCAUACAAUGAAAUGAUGUAAAGUAAAAAAUGGUAUAAUUGUAUCUCCAUGUGAUUAGGUUAUAAUCAUAAUGCAGCAAAAAAUAACAACGUCAGCCUCCCCCUAUACGUAUGGUUCUUAUUUAUUAAAAAUUAAUUUCUAAUUCUUGAACUUUCUGUGCUCAGAAAUUCAAAGGUGUGUGUGCGUACAUGCAUUUGUGUAGGUAUACACACAUAUAUAUGCAUAUCUAUAUAUAGAAUGAAAAAUAUAAAACAGAUUUAAAUCAUCAGGAGAGGAACCUAGCUUGCCUUUUCUUGGUGUGCCUUUUAAGCAAAGUGUCAUUGUCCAGACACUCCUGCUUGCAUCAUUAGCAGCUUUCGUUUCUGUUACUGUUAAACUUUUCCCACCAAACAUAAUACUUUGAUUUUGAAGUAUUUGGCUUUACUGUGUAAUAGACAAUGUAAUAAAAUGAUCACGAUUUUUAUAUUUUCUGUUUUCUGAAGACUUCAGUAAUGCAGUGCACUAAAUAGGAAUUGCCUAUCCCGAGGGACUCCAGUAAAAGGCUGUUUUAGACUAGAGCUGUUGCAGUCUGACAUCUGAAAGGUACCAGAAGAUAAAGGACAUCCUUUCUUCACACCUGAUCUGUCUGCUUAGGGACAACUCCAGUUUUGUACACAUGCAUGCAUACAGGUAUGGGUUAUACAUGCAGCAGAAAAAUCUGAAAGCCAUGGAGUAAAACAAAAGUGUAUACUUUAAGUGGGUGAAGAAUAGUUUCUGAGAUACUGUAAACUGGGUAGAUAAGAGGACUUUUGUGACCAAAGAAUACUUUUCAUCAAUUAAUAUGAAAUCAGUAAUGUUGACUUUCUGCUAUGGUGCACACUGCAGUCGGUGUAAGAGCUGUCUUUGGCUUCAGAAGCCAGCAGAUCAGGCUCUAAAUUAUGUGCAAGUGUAACAUACUGAAAUUGGUUUUAUUUUGCAAGAUGGAUACAAGUUAAUUUUUCUUUCUUCUGUUUAUAUAAAUUAAUCAAAUCAUCCAUGUUGAUGACCACAUCUCUACUGGAGGAUGACCAUCUCUGUAAAGGAAGGCCAAUAGUACAAAUAAGACAUUUUAAAAGCCAGCCUUGCGGGAAAUCUGAUAGAACUACUGACAAGUUAACUUUCAGUAAGAGUUCAACCAAGCAAUUUCUUGUUAGCUUCCGACUUUGUAUGUUUAGGUUUAGUAAGUAAAAAAAAAUGUUGAAAAAUCAUUACUUAGUACUAAAUAUUUGUAAUAAAAGCUAAUUUUUCAUGUA